CUCAGCUCUGAACGGGCUUUGGAAAGCAGAGAAGAAAAUCCAGGUUGCUUUUGGGGGACAUUGGACAGCCGAAUAAAUGCAGUAUCUAAAUAUAAAGGAGGACUGCAAUGCCAUGGCUUUCUGUGCUAAAAUGCGGAGCUCCAAGAAGACCGAGGUGAACCUGGAGGCCCCUGAGCCAGGGGUGGAAGUGCUCUUCUAUCCGUCGGACAGGGAGCCCCUCCGUCUGGGCAGCGGGGAGUACACGGCGGAGGAGCUGUGCAUCAGGGCGGCGCAGGAGUGCUUUAUCUCUCCCCUGUGCCACAACCUCUUUGCCCUGUAUGAUGAGAGGACCAAGCUCUGGUAUGCUCCAAAUCGCAGCAUUACUGUCGACGACAAGACAUCGCUCCGGCUCCACUACCGGAUGAGGUUCUAUUUUACCAACUGGCACGGGACUAAUGAUAAUGAGCAGUCGGUAUGGCGACAUUCUCCAAAGAAGCAGAAAAAUGGCUACGAGAAAAAAAAAGUUCCAGAUGCAACCCCUCUCCUUGACGCCAGCUCUCUGGAGUAUCUGUUUGCCCAGGGACAGUAUGAUUUGGUCAAAUGCCUGGCUCCCAUCCGAGACCCCAAGACUGAGCAGGAUGGGCACGACAUUGAGAACGAGUGCCUGGGCAUGGCCGUGCUGGCCAUCUCACACUACGCCAUGAUCAAGAAGAUGCAGUUGCCAGAACUCCCCAAGGACAUCAGCUACAAGCGAUAUAUUCCAGAAACAUUGAAUAAGUCCAUCAGACAGAGGAACCUUCUUACCAGGAUGCGGAUAAAUAAUGUCUUCAAGGAUUUCCUAAAGGAAUUUAACAACAAGACCAUUUGUGACAGCAGCGUGUCCACGCAUGACCUGAAGGUGAAAUACCUGGCGACCUUGGAAACGUUGACAAAACAUUACGGUGCUGAAAUAUUUGAGACUUCCAUGUUACUGAUUUCAUCGGAAAAUGAGAUGAAUUGGUUUAAACCGAAUGACAGUGGAAAUGUUCUCUACUAUGAAGUGAUGGUGACUGGAAAUCUUGGAAUCCAAUGGAGGCAGAAACCAAAUGUGGUUCCUGUUGAAAAGGAAAAAAAUAAAUUGAAACGGAAAAAACUGGAAAAUAAACACAAGAAGGACGAGGAGAAAAACAAAGUCCGAGAAGAGUGGAACAAUUUUUCGUACUUCCCUGAAAUCACUCACAUUGUAAUAAAGGAGUCUGUGGUCAGCAUUAACAAGCAGGACAACAAAAAGAUGGAACUGAAGCUCUCUUCCCAUGAGGAGGCCUUGUCCUUUGUGUCCCUGGUAGAUGGCUACUUCCGGCUCACAGCAGACGCCCAUCAUUACCUCUGCACCGAUGUGGCUCCUCCAUUGAUUGUCCACAACAUACAGAAUGGCUGUCACGGCCCAAUCUGCACAGAGUAUGCCAUCAAUAAACUGCGGCAAGAAGGAAGCGAGGAGGGCAUGUAUGUGCUGCGAUGGAGCUGCACAGACUUUGACAACAUCCUCAUGACCGUCACCUGCUUUGAAAAGCCUGAGGUGCUGGGUGGCCAGAAACAGUUCAAGAACUUUCAGAUCGAGGUGCAGAAGGGUCGCUACAGUCUGCACGGCUCGGACCGUGGCUUCCCCAGCCUGGGGGAGCUCAUGAGCCACCUCAAGAAGCAGAUCCUGCGCACGGACAACAUCAGCUUCGUGUUGAAGCGCUGCUGCCAACCCAAGCCCCGAGAAAUCUCCAAUCUGCUGGUGGCUACGAAGAAAGCCCAGGAGUGGCAGCCCGUCUACCCCAUGAGUCAGCUGAGUUUCGAUCGGAUCCUCAAGAAAGACAUCAUGCAAGGAGAGCACCUUGGGAGAGGCACGCGGACACACAUCUACUCUGGGACCCUGGUGGAUUACAAGGAUGACGAAGGAACUUCUGAAGAGAAGAAAAUAAAAGUGAUCCUCAAAGUCUUGGACCCCAGCCACAGGGACAUUUCUCUGGCCUUCUUCGAGGCAGCCAGCAUGAUGAGACAGGUCUCCCACAAACACAUCGUGUACCUCUACGGUGUCUGUGUCCGAGACGUGGAGAAUAUCAUGGUGGAAGAGUUUGUGGAGGGCGGGCCUCUGGACCUCUUCAUGCACCGGAAAAGCGACGUCCUCACCACUCCGUGGAAAUUCAAAGUUGCUAAACAGCUGGCCAGUGCCCUGAGUUACUUGGAGGAUAAAGACCUGGUCCACGGAAACGUGUGCACUAAAAACCUCCUCCUGGCCCGUGAAGGCAUCGACAGCGAGUGUGGCCCGUUCAUCAAGCUCAGUGACCCUGGCAUCCCCAUCACUGUGCUGUCCAGGCAAGAAUGCAUAGAACGAAUCCCAUGGAUUGCUCCCGAGUGUGUAGAAGAUUCCAAGAACCUGAGCGUGGCCGCUGACAAAUGGAGCUUUGGAACCACACUCUGGGAAAUCUGCUAUAAUGGCGAGAUCCCCCUGAAAGAUAAGACACUGAUUGAGAAAGAGAGAUUCUACGAAAGCCGGUGCAGACCAGUGACACCGUCUUGUAAGGAGCUGGCUGACCUUAUGACUCGCUGCAUGAACUACGACCCCAACCAGAGACCCUUUUUCCGAGCUAUCAUGAGAGACAUCAAUAAGCUGGAAGAGCAGAAUCCAGACAUCGUUUCAGAGAAAAAGCCAGCAACUGAAGUGGAUCCCACACAUUUUGAGAAGCGCUUCUUAAAGAGAAUCCGUGACUUGGGAGAGGGCCACUUUGGGAAGGUUGAGCUCUGCAGGUAUGACCCUGAAGGGGACAAUACAGGAGAGCAGGUGGCUGUCAAAUCCCUGAAGCCUGAGAGUGGAGGGAACCACAUAGCUGAUCUGAAGAAGGAAAUUGAAAUCUUAAGGAACCUCUAUCACGAGAACAUUGUCAAGUACAAAGGCAUCUGCACAGAGGAUGGAGGAAAUGGUAUUAAGCUCAUCAUGGAAUUUCUGCCUUCUGGAAGCCUUAAGGAAUAUCUUCCAAAGAAUAAGAACAAAAUUAACCUCAAACAGCAGUUAAAAUAUGCUGUUCAGAUUUGUAAGGGGAUGGACUAUUUGGGGUCACGACAGUAUGUUCACCGGGACUUAGCAGCAAGGAAUGUCCUUGUUGAAAGUGAGCACCAAGUGAAAAUUGGAGACUUCGGUUUAACUAAAGCAAUUGAAACGGAUAAGGAGUACUACACAGUCAAGGAUGACCGGGACAGCCCUGUGUUCUGGUACGCCCCAGAAUGUCUAAUUCAGUGUAAAUUUUAUAUUGCCUCUGACGUCUGGUCCUUCGGAGUGACUCUGCACGAGCUGCUUACUUACUGUGAUUCAGAUUCCAGUCCCAUGGCCUUGUUCCUGAAAAUGAUAGGCCCCACUCACGGCCAGAUGACAGUAACGAGACUUGUGAACACAUUGAAAGAAGGAAAACGUUUGCCUUGUCCUCCCAACUGCCCAGAUGAGGUUUAUCAACUUAUGAGAAAAUGCUGGGAAUUCCAACCAAAUAAUCGGACAACCUUCCAGAACCUUAUUGAAGGAUUUGAGGCACUUUUAAAAUAAGAAGCAUGAAUAACAUUUAAAUCUCACUGUGUAUUAAGUCCUCUUCCCCAACAAAUACCCAAGCCAUUUAAAAAACUUUUAAUGGAAAUCUUUGUAUUCUGUCUAAAAAGAUACUUGGGUACGUAAUUCAUGUAUAAGGCACGCUGUGGUGCUUAACAUGUGUAAGUACUCCCUCGUUAUUUGUCACUGUUAUUGGUGCCAAAUUUAAUGACAACCAAAAUAUUAGUAAGCACUCCUCCUUUUGGAACGAUAUACCACCGUUUCAUCUGGCUAGUGUACCAUCACAGUUGUGUACCAGAAUAGGAUAUUUUCAAAACAAAAUCUCAAGAUGAUUGCUUUCUCCCAGCUGAUUUAAAUAUUUUUCUGGUGCAUAAAUCAAAAAAGGUAAAUGGACUUAGUUAAUACUUUAACAUGCCCUAAAAAUGUCAUCAUCUAUAUAGUGACAGAGCAAGCAUUCUUGAACUAUUAGAUACCAUUAGUAUACUAUCAUUUCUAUACAAAGAUGAGUGUAUUCUUGUCAUCAAUAGGACUUUAAACUUGGAGUUAUUUUGUUUUUCCAGUAGCUUAGCUCCUGUCCCCUUGGGUGACCAGCGGUACCCUUUUUUUUUUUU